AAGCCUUCAAUUUCUAUGUGUCCUAGUAGCCUUUAAGUCAAAGUUAAAUUUAUUGUUCACAUUAUAUUCAAAAGAAUUCAUAAAUGUAUGUAUUUAAAAACGAUACAUUUAAUGUGUUACAAAAAUGGGUGGGGUGCAGUAUUGAUUGCCGGAUGUCAUAAUGUUACUGUCGCAAAGCUCGACUGUCGUGAACACUGGCCGUCCACUGAAGAUGGCGGCGGAGCUGCAUCCGCGGAGCGGAAAGCUGAUCGGCCUGUCCAACUCGAACCGAACCGCUCGGCGCAACCAGCCAGUUCAGGAGUUCAACCAUGGUCUUGUACUUAGCAAGGAGCCGCUGAGGGACCGGGAUGUCUUCACUGUCCGCAUUGACAAGAAGGUAAACUCGUGGAGUGGCUCCAUUGAGAUCGGUGUGACGGCUCUGGACCCCGCUACACUGGACUUUCCCAGUAGCGCCACAGGCCUUAAGGGCGGCUCCUGGAUUGUGUCAGGCUGCUCGGUGCUACGUGACGGCCGCUCGGUCCUGGAGGAAUAUGGCCGCGACCUCGACCAGCUAGCCGAGGGCGACCGCGUGGGCAUUCAGCGCAACUCCCACGGGGAGCUCCACCUCUGGGUUAACGGGCAAGACUGUGGUGCGGCUGCCAGUGGCUUACCGCCCAAGCUCUGGGCAGUGGUGGAUCUGUAUGGAAAGUGCACGCAAGUGACAGUGGUGAGCUGUGAGCCACCGUCGCCCUCUGCAGAGAGGGACAGAGAGACAAUAGAGGAGGAGGAGGAGGAGGAGGAAGAUGAGGAGGAGGAAGAAGAAGAAGAAGAAGAAGAAGUGGUGGUCUGCGGUGGUGAGGAUGUCAGGAUCAAAGCACCAAUGAAUGUGACAGCAGUGAAUGGAGGUGAAGUGCCUGAACUUAGCUGCAGUCAGAGCAGACCAGACAAGUUCCCCAACAACCUGGAGCCUGAUGCAGUUCUAACGGAGCACCAGCUUUUUGACGUGUUCAACAAUGCGAUAGUAUCUUUUUACCGCUCUGAGGAUGGGGGUGGAGGGGAAGAUGGUGGAGGAGGAGAAGGAGGAAAUGCAGGAACUGAAUCCUCUUCGAGAAACGACAGGGGGAGCAGCAGCAGCAGUGGAGGAGGAAGUGUGAUAAACAGAGACAGUGGGACAGGGCCAGGAGGAGGCAGUGGAGGAGGAGGAGCUGCUACUGGUGGUGGUGAAGGUGGAAAUACUAAUAACAGUCCUGCUGGAAAUGGCGGGGCGGGGCUCGGGGCUCUUGCAGGCAUGAUGACAACCAAUGAUGCUCUGUUGUUCCAUGAGAAGUGCGGCACACUGAUCAAGCUGAGCAACAACAACAAGACGGCGGAGCGGAGGAGACCACUGGAUGAAUUCAACAACGGCGUGGUGAUGACCAACCGGCCGCUGCGGCACAACGAGAUGUUUGAGAUCCGCAUCGAUAAGUUGGUGGACAAGUGGUCAGGCUCAAUCGAGAUCGGUGUGACCACGCACAAUCCCAACAACCUGGACUACCCUGCAACUAUGACCAAUCUGCGCUCAGGUACAAUCAUGAUGAGUGGCUGUGGGAUACUAACCAAUGGGAAAGGAACCCGCAGGGAAUACUGUGAAUUCAGCCUCGAUGAACUUCAGGAGGGAGAUCACAUCGGGCUGAUGCGCAAAGCCAGCGGAGCGCUCCAUUUCUACAUCAAUGGCAUCGACCAAGGUGUUGCUGCCGCCCAGACCCCUGGCGUGGUCUACGGCGUGGUCGACCUGUACGGCAUGGCCGUCAAAGUCACCAUAGUCCACAACCACAACCACAGUGACCGUCUCAGACGCAACAACGCCAUCAUGAGAGCUCUCUCGCCCGACGUGGGCCGGCCCCGGCCAGCGCUCUCCCUCACACCGGACACAGAGUUGCCUGAGCGCCUGCUCUUCCACUCUAACUGUGGCCAGAAGGCCGCCAUCAUCAGCGAUGGCAGGACAGCGCUGCGGCCACAUGCGACUGAUGACUUCAAUCAUGGCGUGGUCCUAAGCAGCCGGCCGCUGCGCUCCAAUGAGGUUUUCCAGGUUCGCAUCGACAAGAUGGUGGACAAGUGGGCGGGUUCCAUUGAAAUUGGUGUCACGACGCACAACCCCGCCUACCUGCAGCUGCCCUCCACCAUGACAAACUUGCGCUCAGGGACGUGGAUGAUGACGGGGAAUGGCGUGAUGCACAAUGGAACUACGAUACUGGAUGAAUAUGGACACAACCUUGACCGGCUCAAAGCAGGGGACACAGUAGGCGUGGUGCGGAAAGAAGAUGGCAGCCUCCAUUUCUUUGUCAAUGGUGUGGCUCAGGGCCCAGCAGCCUGGAACAUCCCUCCCAGCGUCUACGCUGUGGUCGACCUCUACGGGCAGGCUGCUCAGGCCACCAUCAUGGAUGACAUGGUUGACCUGCCCCCUCUCCCAGAGGACAGCUCAGAGGGCCCAACAGCCCUGUCCCCUGGGAGCCCCUGCUCAGUUGCAGGGGCCAUCACGACCAGUGACCUGCGUUUCCACCACCUACAUGGCACCAACGCCGUCAUCACCAAUGGGGGGCGCACUGCCCUGCGUCAGAACUGCCGCAGCGAGUUCAACGACGCUAUUGUCAUUUCUAACAGGUGCCUUCGAGAUGGGGAGCUGUUUGAAAUCGUCAUUCAGAAGAUGGUGGACCGCUGGUCGGGUUCAAUAGAGGCAGGAGUGACAGCCAUCAGGCCGGAGGAGCUCGAGUUUCCAAACACUAUGACUGAUAUCGACUAUGACACUUGGAUGCUCAGUGGGACAGCCAUCAUGCAGGAUGGCAACACGAUGCGUAACAACUACGGCUGUGACCUGGACUCCCUGACCACGGGCUCACGGAUCGGCAUGAUGCGCUCAGCCAGCAGCGACCUCCACUAUUACAUCAACGGCAUGGACCAAGGUGUUGCCUGCUCCGGUCUCCCACCAGAGGUGUAUGCAGUGAUUGACCUGUACGGUCAGUGUGUCCAGGUGUCUAUCACCAGCUCCUCGGGCCCACUGGACAACAGCCUCUGUACCAGCAACGUCACUGAGAAGAGCUUCCCCACCCACUCACCAGUAGCAGGUGUUUCCCAUCGGCUGCACAGUAAACACGGUAAAAACGUGGUGCUGCUUGGCGAGGGCUGCCAGGCUGUCAGAGUUGGAGGUUACGCUCACGGCAUCGUGUUCAGUGUGAAGGAGCUCAAAGCGGAUGAGUUGUUUGAGGUGAGGAUUGAUGAAGUGGAUGAGCAGUGGUGCGGUUCGCUGCACAUAGGCCUGACUACACUGGCACCGCCGGAGCUGCCGUCCUGUCCGCUGUCAGGUCUCUCCCCCUCCCUCCCGUUGCUUCGAACCAAGGUCACCUGGCUGCUCUGCGGCUCUGAGGUCCGUCGCAAUGGCGUGCUGCAGCGCCAGAACUACGGCUGCUCGCUGGACCGGCUGACAGUCGGGAACCGUGUGGGUGUGAAAAGGUGCAGUGAUGACACCAUGCACAUCUUCAUUGAUGGAGAAGACAUGGGACCUGCAGCGACUGCAGUGGCCAAGAAUGUGUACGCAGUUUUGGACCUGUACGGGCGGAUAACGGCGGUGUCCAUUGUCAGCUCCUCGCUGAUGGAGGACAUGGAAAGUGUUAAAACGCCUUUGCUCUCCUCAGACAGCUGCAGUGAAGGAGAGGAGGACACGACUCCUGUCAGAGAGGUUGAGACCGAGCUGUGCACGCUGGUGCCGACCAUCAUGGCGUUCUUGGAAAAUCAUGGCAAGAACAUCCAGCUGUCAAACCAGAACCUGACAGCAGCCAGAGUGUCAAGCUACAACCAGGGCCUGCUGGUCACUGCACAGCCGCUGGCUCGCCAGCAGCUGUUCCAGUUCCAGAUCGACCGCCUGAACCCGUCAUGGACGUCGUCGCUGUCACUGGGGGUGAUAGGCCACUCCCCCGACCGGCUCAACUUCCCCUCCACAGCGUGCUGUCUGAAACGCUCCACCUGGCUGCUGCAGAGAGACUCUGUCUUCCACAACUCCCUAAAGAUAUGUGAGAACUACGGUCCUAACCUGGAUACUUGUCCGGAAGGGACCGUGUUGGGUCUGCUGGUGGACGCCAACAGUUGCCUCCAUCUCUGUGUCAAUGGCAUGGACCAGGGUGUGGCGGCACAGGACAUUCCUUCACCGUGCUACCCCUUCAUUGACCUCUACGGCCAGUGUGAACAGGUUACUAUAGUAACAAACAACGUGCCAGCUGUGGGUGGAGAGAGUGGUGAGGCCCGCUGUCAGGGCGACAUGGAGAAGGCCGACAUGGUUGACGGAAUCAAAGAGUGUGUGUGCUGGACACCACCUCCAGAGGUCAACCCCAACAAGACCUGCGAGUACCAGGCGUUGUGCUCGCGCUUCAAGGACCUGCUCACAUUGCCAGAUGGUUACUUCAGCGAGGAUGCAAAAUACAACCUGUGCUACUGUGAGUCCUGCCACAAGCUCCGAGGUGAUGAGGCGUAUUACAAGAGAGGUGAACCACCCCGGGACUACGCCCUGCCCUUCGGAUGGUGCCACUUCACCCUCAGGAUCAAGCCCCACUGUGAGGUUUCUAAUGCACUGAAGAAGUGGCACAUUGCGUACCACGGCACCAGCGUAGGAGCCCUGCGACGCACACUGGACCACAGCCAGCUGCUGCCUGGGACGUCGGCCAUCUUCUCAGUGUGUCCGGUGAAGGCGGAGGGGCCUAACGGCUACAGUGAGCCAGAGGAGAACAGCGCCCCCGGCAGGGAGAUUCCCAGAGUGCGGCUCUCCCCCACCAUGCGUUACUCCGGCUUGGAGGUCUUUGCUCCCAAAGUGCAAUUUCGGGACCCUCGUUCUCAUCGCUGCCACCAGGCUCAGGUGGGAUUCCAAGUGUGUGUGCGCCCAGGCUCCUACAAAGUGGGACCUCAGACACUUGGCCACAGUGAGUCCCUGGACCCUCGCUUCAGCAACUCGGAGAUCGAGUGGAUGACUAAGGAGCAGGGUGGCACACUUCUCUACGGGCUGCUCAUUCGGGUCGAAUGAACCCAGCGACGAAGGAGGCAUUUGGUUGGAGGUGGGGAGUGUCCACGUGGCGCUUGUUGUACUUUUAGUAAAGUGACAACCAAAUCCAACCCCUGCCUUGAACGAGAGACUCCUCUGGAACCCAGCCUGAUCCUACUGUGGAUAGGAUUGUUGACAAGUCAACGUUAUAAAUUUUUUUUUUUUUUGGGUUGGUCGCUCUUGGACUCUUUUAAAGGCUGGGGGCUGGGCAAAGAACAGACACUGCCUGCACUUUAUGUUUCGGACACUUGUGGGUGAUUUUUAAACUAACUUCUCAUCAACACGACACAUUUGUUUUGAUUGCAGUUUUUUUUUUUUUAUUUGUUUGCAACUUUUUCCCAACAUCUUAAUUUUUUCCAUCCUUGGAAAUAGCUUCUUUUUUUGUACUCCAGACGAGGACUAGGGCCACUGUAAAAACCGAGUUCUGACUUUAAACUCAAAUUCUGAGAACAUUCUGAGAUUGUGAGGUAAAAAAGUCAGAACUCAGAUUGUUUUUAAACGGCGGCCCUAAUCCACUUCCAUACUUUUUUCCAUUACCGUUUGGCACCUGCUCCGGUCAGUGUUUCAUUCUGGGAGGUGCUGUCUCCUGCCAACCUGCACGUUAACACACUGUCACCUAAAAAGACUGAAAUGUGGGUCAAAAAGAAAGUGACAAUGUUUUCAUAAAAUCAAAAAGGAAAAAAAAAAGAGACCUCUGAAGAAUGAAGUCAAGAGUGGCUUGUUACUCCUUAAAGGGGGAAGAUUUUUAAACUGGAGGAAGACAAAACAGUUUUACACAUGUUGCCACUCUGUUUUACUGUCUUCUACAUUGGCUACUUUAUCAGUCCUAUCAGCAUUUGUUUUCUGCUCCACUGUCACUUCCUCUUGUCAAAUGGAAAACUGACACAAAACUGGAAAGUUUGACAAAGAGAUGUCUGAAAAAACCUGCACUUUUAUGGAAGUUAAAAACAGAGUAAGAUAAUGACACAUUAUGUUUAGCCUUACAGAUGGUUGUGGUACACUAGUGUUGCUUUUUUACCAAGAGUUAAAUGAGAAAAUUAUUAAAAAUGAAGGUAUGACAGUUUCCACAGUAAAGCUUGGACUGUGUGCAGAUAAAAGAUUUGCGCAUUUCUAUGCUUUACAGCACUCGAGUGUGGCUCUACGUUUUCUUUUCGCUCUACCUCCUGAGCCACAAAUGUAAAUGGUCUUAUACUUGUAUAGCUUACACAUUGACUAGACAAGCCGGGAAUCCUCCUGAACCGCCCCCGCUUUCUUUCUGUAUAUCAGCUUGCUGGUUUCAGGUGGCACUUCACUUAUCUUCACUCUAGACUCAGUCAUCUACAGUAUCUUAUUAUGAUCCUAGAAUCAACUGGAAAAAACUUUUUCUUGUGAGCUUCAGUCUCCGACUGUGGGGAGGAUGAUGUGUCCCCCCUGCCCUGGCUCCCCCUUUGCUGUAGCAUUUGUGUAAUACCUCUCUAGGCAGGUAGCAUUAAGGGCCCAUGCUGAUAUUGUGCCCUGACAGUGAAUUGAACCCAAACCUGCCAUACUAAAGUCAGUGGUGGUAACCACUGAGCUAUCCAGCUGCUGUAUAGGCACCCAUUUAGAACAUUUACUAGUUUCUGUUUCUCACAUACACUACUGGUUAACACAGCUUAGGGAAGAAAAGGGGGUGCUUGGUUUGAUACAAGGCACCAUGCUCGCUAUUGACCGCCCCCUGACAGAGAAUCGAACCCCAACCUGUCGUACCUAAGUCAGGGGUGUUAACCACCGAGCUGUCCACCGGGUUACACUUGAAAUGUUUUAAAUUGAUAUGAAUGGUAGGCAUACGGUAUGACAUACUAAACCGUAUCCCAAACAUUUGAGCAGCAUGUUUAAAUUACACCUAGGGAAGGGUGACGUCAACUGACAGUGAACUGUACCAAACUGAAAGCGAAUUGUACCACACAGCAAAAAAGAAUUGUUUUAUUGUUUUUCUUUUAAUAUUUUGUUUGUUUGUAUUUUUGUUUGUAUGUAUGAAAAACCUAAUAAGUGAAAGGACAACAUCACAAACCGCUAAAUAAUCUUCCUAAAGUUGACAACAGAAAGAGUUGAGUAGUGUUCGGACACCCCUUCUGUUUACAGAACGGCCUGUUCAAAAACGCCGCCAUCAACUUUUAAAGCUUUGUCAACGGGUUUACAUGUUUUAACAUGUACUUUGAUUGUUAUUGUGUACCUUACGCAUUAGGUAUGAGUAGCCAAUGUGCAAACGUGUGACUGCAGGUGCAAAUUGCGUACCUUUUUGGUACUCCAUAGAGGAUUUUCAUUACAUUUCCUUUAAGGAUAGUUAAAAGUGCAAACUUUGCACCUGGAGCAACGUGUUAUUUGCAUGUUGUCUACACAUUAAUGUGAGAAUUUGACAGUGUGAUAACAGUGUGUUAAAACUUGAUCACAGCCUUUGUGAACAGGCCAUUUCCCACUGGCUGUGGACAAGUCAAGGUAAAUCACAUUUGUAAACUGAAGGGGUGUCGCAACACAACUUAACCACAACUCUUGUCCAGAUUAACAAUUCAUAUGCUAUGGUUAGAAUGAUUUCCUUAAUCAGUUUCCAGACCAGCUGCAUAGCAACUGGUUCAGGAAAUGGUUUGCACCAUUAAAUUGGCAGAUUUAUGCUUUUACACAGGUUUUUGUACAGAUUAAACCAACUAAUGAGCUUUAGAUGUGCUGAUAGGCAGCUGUUGGUACCUUUAAACAGGGCCAGGCCAGCUUUUAGCCUCUAAGCUAACAUGAGCCGUAUCAAUCUUCUCAUCUAGCUCUUGGCAAGAAAGUGCAGUUCCCCAAAAAGUCAAACUUUCCUAUGACAGGUGGUGAAAUGAACUGAAGCUAAAAUGUGUAAGUGGUUUUCCACAUCACUCUCACACACCCCAUUGUUUACAGUCAGUGCACUCACCCGUCCGCUCCGAUUCCUCCAUUGCUCAUGUCCAUUUACACAGCAGGACCUCCAGAGCCAACACCUUGGAUGUCUGCAACCCUAGGCUGGUGUUUACAUGUGGAAGUGAUUCAUUAGUAGUACUGUUAACAUCACUGAUUUAUAAUUGUCAAAAUGUUACACAGGGGUUUUAAUUCAUGCAAAACAUCCACCUGCCAGUGAUUGGACGUGAGCAGCUUUCCAGUGUUUUUCUUUUUCAGUUCUCAUUCCAGUUGCCAAUUUGAAUAGACCUGCUAUAGAACAUGAAAUCCCUACAUUGUUUUGAUGGGACAGACUCACAAUCUAUAAUUAAAGAAGCUCUGUCACCCUCUGGAAGCAGCUACAAUCUGAACAAUUGAAGAUUAUAGUGCAAAAGAAAAACUUCCAAUCAAAAAUGUGAAACAUAUAUGGGUUAUUUACAGCCCAGUGCUGCUUUGUGCAAUUUAAUUUGUAUUAUUAUUAUUAUUAUUAAUUUUUUUUUUGUACAUUGCAUUGUACAGGCUGUUACAUAACAAAUCAUAUCUUCCUGGUUUAUAAAAAAUAACUGACAGUAUGCACAGAAGCCUGGUUAAAAGUGUUUCUUUGGCAGGGGCUGGUAAACAAAAAGAUGCCAUGAAGAAAACACAAAACCUACUGGUGCUUUUGGUACGGGAAAAUGAAGUCUGGUCACUUAUGUUGUCGUAAUCCUGCAUACUUACUCAAUCACAGUUUUUCCAAAAUGCUGUAAACUGAGACCAAUAGUGGGAUUUUACAGGACUAGUGGCUGCCUUUUAAAAACAGACACAUUAAUUUAAUAAUAAAGAAUUCAACCUUUAAAAAUAGACAAAUUACUAGUUGAUUUGUCCCACAAAUGUAGGUAAUGAUGCACUAAUUAGAGCUAAAUACAGUAAAGUACCACUGGCAGUGAUCUGCUGGAGGAUCCUGUUGCAUAGUCUUUAGUUGACUAAUCCGUCGGCAGCUGUAAAGAGACACUUCUGCACCAGCCUUUAUUUUUAAGUUGGAUCCUGAGAUUUUUUUUCCCUUCUACUGUCCACAGUUGUUUACUGUGGCCUGAAUGGCUUCUUGGCCCUUUAGUGCCAUUUAAAAUAGUACAUUUUUGGAAAUAUGCUCAUUUAUUUUCCAAGAGUUACAUGAAAAUAUAGACAUCACUCUCAUCCCAGGAUCCGAUUAGCCUAGCUUAGCAUAAAGGCUGGAAACUUGGGCCAAUCAAAAACAUUUCAGCACAAAAGUAUGACCAUGUUUUUUUUUUCUUAAUUCUCUCCAAUAGUUUAAACAGUUCUAAAAUUUACUGAAAUAAAAUCUUUUUUUAUAGGACUCAAUUCAUGGACAAUAAACUUAGAGACAUUUCUUCAUAUUAAGGCGACCUAAGUAAAAAUUGGUAUAUAGGGAACUCGUUACUGCUGAAAUCAGGUAUGAAUUGAUUCAUUUUCUAUACAGGGUGCUACAUUUACUGUCCACCAUUUUGAAUUCUGUGUAAACCUAUUCACUGUAUCCUAAAUCCUAACGACGGGGUAAUGUUAAUGGCGACAAGGCUCCACAAAAAAGUAAAACACUGGAUUAAACAAACAAGAUACUUGUCAGUGAGCUAGGCUAUCACACUCACAGACAUGAGAGUGGUAUCGACCUUCUCACUGAAUUCUCAGUGACAAAGUAAGUAUAUUCCCCCAAAUGCCUGACUGUUCCUUCUAGACCUCGGGAGUGAGCUUUAGUGAUUAAACUGACUGAAAUCUAGACUGACUGUACAAUUUAACAAUAGGCCUCAAUGUUUUAAGCCUCUGAACUGGAAUAAGAGCAACCAAGGCUUUUGCUACGAAAUAUCACUAAAUACAUGUGAAGCAUGUGAAAUCACAGAGCAGCUGUUGAUAAUAAGUUUGCUUUUCAGGAGGUCAGGUUUUAAGCAGCAUUGUGUCCGUUAGCUUGAGGGUUAUAUCCCCCCGAGAACAGAGACACAAACAGACAAAAGCGGUGUAAAAGUUCAGUUCAGCUUCAUUCAAAUAUACAUCUUAACCUCCACACGCACACACAUACAUAGUCUUUCAAAUAUACCGGAAACCAACAACAAAGAAAUCCCACACAGUUUAAAAAAA